AUGGAUCAAUCACCUCAGAAUGAACCUAUCGUCUUGCUUCCCAACUCAAAUGAACCAAUUCUUGAAACUAAUUUAACCGUUGAAGCGCAUAUAUCAAUCACAUCAACAGACAUCAAGUCCAACUCGGAAUCAAUGGAAAUUUCUAAUUCAGAACUCAAUGCUGAAACGAAUGAAAGUACGACUAACAUCGAUUCAUCAACAGUCAAAACAGAAGACGAAAAAUGCAUCAAAUCCGAGCCAAACUCUGAUGGUCUUCUUGAAGUGACUGGAGAAACCCCUCAGAUUGAGCUAGCACAGAAUGUUAUAGUAAAUCAAUCGAAUUCACAGAUCACUUUGCCUCAGGGACAGGACUUGAAAAGCUUGGAUCAAGCAAUUGAAGAAGCGAUUCGAAAAGCUACUUCUCAGGACCCUUGUCAAUCUCAAGAUUCGACCUUUCAGCCUAUUCAACAUGCUGUCACAGAUUUAGCCGCCUCAUCAUCAUCAUAUCCUACCUACCCUACCAUGUCAACUCAACCGGCACGCAACUUUGUACCAAAUCCCUCAAAUCCUCACUUUAUAGGAUCCGAUCCUCUGCAAUAUCGAAAUGAUUCACAAACACCGCAUAGACCUACUGCUCCAAAUCUUCCCCAGGAUAUCUUACAUAUAAUAGAGUCAGAUUUUACUAAUGCAGAUGGGACGACGAUUGACGAACGACGAGAAACAGAACUCAGUCGAAUCACCGAAGAGUUGAGGAUCAAAGUUCGACUUAGUCGAUAUCAACGUGCUAGAGAUGAGAUGUCAGGUAGUGAGACCGAGACUGAAAGUAAUUCGGAUGAAGUUCAAAUUCAAUCUCAUUUACGUCCUAGCAAUGGCGAAAAAGUUGAAGAUGAAGAAGAAAACCAAUUUAGUGAAACUGAUGAAUCAGAUGUGGAUGGAAGUGGAGACGAAGAAGCUGAACGGAUUAAGAAUAACAAAUUAUUGGAAACUAUCAAGGCAGAAAUUGACGAAAGCUGCGCUAUGGAUUCUAAGCCUGACAACACAAAUGAAUCUCUACCCCACAAUUCCGAGCCGAUAUCUUCUGAGACUCUUGAUUCAACUAAUCCGACUCCAACAUCGGUUCAGACACUACCGGAGGGCUCGGCUGUUUCAUGUGAGCAAGAUCCUCAUCUUGAUAGCACUAAGACUCCCGCGGUGUCAAAUCAGGCGGCAGCUUCCGAAUCAACUCAUCAAGAGGAAGUAUCACCAACACAUCCAGUUGACACAAAGGAUACUGCAAAGCCUACUACCGGUAAUAAAUCUCGUCGAAGAGCCCGCAAAAGGAAACCUAAGAACCGAACAACGGCAGAAGAUGACGAAUCUGAAUCUGGUUCUGGUUCAGAUGUCAAUGACAUGGACGUAGCUAUCAAGAUUGGUCCUACCACAGAACACGAAUUGAAAGACGUUCCAGCUGAAAUCAUUGAGCUACCAUUCGAUAAUGUACCUGAAAGCGAUUUGAAAGAUAUCAAAUCUUUUGGAGUGAUUGCCUCUCUGAUUGAUAACAUUGUUGUCAUCAAAGGAGAUAUCAAUAUGGGAUAUGAAACCGUUCUUGAUGAGGGUAGUAUGAUAUGUUGGAAGGAUGGCACUUUGAUAGGUAAAGUCUUUGAAACAUUCGGCGCUGUCACUGAACCACACUAUAGCAUUCGUCUUCCAAGUAAAUUGCAAGAGAUGUCUAAAAACCCUACUGAGAACAAACGUUUUUCGACCGAUACACCUGUUUACUUCGUUCCCUCUCAAACCAGCUUUUUAUUCACUUCUCAUAUCCAAGCGCAACCCAAAGGGACCGAUGCUAGUAACCUUUAUGACGAAGAAGUCACGAAUGUAGAUGAGAUUGAGUUUAGUGAUGAUGAAGCGGAAGCUGCAUAUGUUAGGUCUUGUAGAAAUGCUAGGAAGGCAGCCGCUAUGGAGAAGAGACAGCAGACCAAGCCGGGAGCCAACAAGGUUCAAUCGGGGCCAAGUUAUCUUCCAAACCCUGAUCUGUUGAUCUCAGCUGGUAAACAUAUGCUUGAUAAGCGACCAUCCGAUGUGUUGAAUUACAACGAUGAAGAUGGCGAUGGAGCUGACACAGAUUACUCGGUACUCGAGAGGCCUAAAGGCUUAGAUUUUAACAUGACAACACCGAGCAUUUCAGCAUCAGCAUCCAACAACAACAACCAGAACCGUAAUACUUCAGCUCGAUCAACCAACAAACGUGGGUCAGAUUCUCGAGGGAAUAACAGAUCCCAAGGCCCUUCACGAGGAAAGCCAAGGGGGAGUCGAGGUUCCAUGAAGGGUGGAAGGAAUAAUUCGUCUUCAGAUCAGCGCGAUACCCAUUCAAAACCACCUCAUAACAGUGGCCCUUCGAACUCCCAAUUUCCUUCACCCUCAAGAGCUGAUGUUAUACCGAGCUCAACACCAACUAACUGGUCUAACCCGAGCUCUUCAUCGACUCUCCCUAGCACAUCCUUCACUCCUUUUAUACACCCUCUUCCUGCAAAUCCCACCCAUGCAGUUCCACAAUACGUCCCUCAGGCCUUUGGUGGUUUUGGUGGUUAUAAUCCUAACCCUCCUGUUUAUAAUCCUUACAACUAUAACUUGGCCAACUCUUCAGGCACUGCGAGUCACAAUACCCCUUCAUAUGGAUUCGCACCAUCACUUCCUAACAUGUCAAGAAUACCAACAUGCCAAACAUAUCCUACCUUUCCUUCUCAGCCACAGCAACAGGGAUACACAGGUCAAACAGGGUUUCCUACGAUGUCUCCUAAUGGAUUUGCCAUCAAUGGAUAUCAACCUACUCAAUCUUCUUACUACCCUCCAUAUACUCCAAGUCCACUAUCCAUGGGAAGCGCUCAGUUUCAGCAGCAGCCGCAACAACAACAACGUUCAUUCAAUCCAGAUUCGUUGCCCAUUCAACAACCUUCAGUGAAUGGUAUACAUUAUAAUCCUCGUUUUUUUCCUCCUUCAAAUCAACCUCAUCUUCCACCUCACCCACAUCAAUAG